AGACUCCACAGUUUUUCAUUCAGUGAGGACUGAAAUGUGAACAAAGUAACACAACCAGACAAGAGACAACCAGACAAUAGGUGAACAAAACUAUGAUUCCUUCCCUAAUUCCGAAACCGCACAACGUCAGGAUUUCUCACUAGCGCCCAGAACACUUUCGGGGUAUUGGAACCAGUGAAAAUUUGGACGUGCUGGAAAAGAUGUCAGUCAGCGUCCAUGAAAACCGCAAGUCCAGGACGAGCACAGGCUCCAUGAACAUUUCGCUCUUCCACAAGCCGUCACAUCCAGACAGUGUGCUCACCCACCUCAAUACAUUGCGCAAACAGUGCAUGUUCACAGAUGUGACACUAUGGGCAGGCAACCGCUCCUUUCCCUGUCACAGAGCUGUGCUUGCUGCUUGCAGUCGCUACUUUGAAGCCAUGUUUAGCGGUGGCCUCCGUGAGAGCCUUGACAAUGAGGUUAACUUUCGAGACAGUGUUCACCCAGAAGUUCUGGAGCUGCUGUUGGACUUUGCUUACUCCUCACGUGUCAUCAUCAACGAGGAGAAUGCAGAGUCACUUCUCGAGGCUGGAGAUAUGCUGCAGUUUCAUGACAUCCGUGAUGCAGCAGCAGAAUUUUUAGAGAAGAAUUUGCAUGUGUCAAACUGCUUAGGGAUGAUGCUGCUUUCCGACGCCCAUCAGUGCAAGCGCCUUUAUGAACUGUCGUGGAGGAUGUGCCUCAUCCACUUUGAGACUCUUCGAGACACUGAAGACUUCUGCAGGCUCUCGAAAGACAAGCUUUUGGAUCUCAUCCUUAGCGAUGAGCUGGAGGUUGAAGAUGAACAGGUUGUGUUCAAUGCAGUCAUGCGCUGGGUUAGGUAUGACCUAGACAGCCGCAGAGACUACCUUCCUGAGCUGCUGCGAGGACUACGCCUUGCACUGCUACCCUCAGAAUGCCUCAUUGAGGCUGUGGCAUGUGAGGAACUUGUGAUGUCAGAUAAAAGGAGCCGACAGAUUGUCGAUGAGGCCAUGCAGUGCAAGAAAAAGAUUCUGCAGAAUGACGGCGUUGUCACCAGCCCAUGCGCUAGGCCUCGCAAAGCUGGGCACACGCUGCUCAUUCUUGGGGGUCAGACAUUUAUGUGUGAUAAGAUCUACCAAGUGGAUCACAAAGCAAAAGAGAUCAUCCCUAAAUCAGAUCUUCCUAGUCCCAGGAAGGAGUUCAGUGCAUGUGCCAUUGGCUGCAAAGUUUACGUGACAGGAGGAAGGGGGUCGGAAAAUGGAGUGUCGAAGGAUGUUUGGAUAUAUGACACGGUACAUGAAGAAUGGUCGAAAGGUGCCCCUAUGCUAAUUGCUCGUUUUGGACAUGGCUCGGCUGAACUUGAAAACUGCCUGUAUGUUGUUGGGGGUCACACUGCUAUAGCAGGUGUCUUCCCAGCCUCCCCAUCAGUAUCUCUUAAACAGGUUGAGCGGUAUGACCCCCUAACCAACAAAUGGACAAUGAUGGCACCACUUAGGGAUGGUGUCAGCAAUGCAGCAGUGGUCAGCGCCAAGCUAAAACUCUUUGUGUUUGGUGGAACCACCAUACACAGGGACAAGGCUUCAAAGGUCCAAUGCUAUGACCCUGUUGAGAACCGUUGGACUAUAGCUGCCGAAUGCCCGCAACCCUGGAGAUACACCGCCGCCGCUGUCCUUGGCAGUCAGAUAUUCAUAAUGGGUGGUGAUACAGAGUUCACUGCAGCGUCCGCUUACCGAUUUGAUUGUGAGACCAAUCAAUGGACGCGUGUUGGUGACAUGACUUCUAAAAGAAUGAGCUGCCAUGCUGUGGCCUCUGGUAAUAAACUCUACGUGGUCGGCGGAUACUUCGGUACACAGCGGUGUAAAACCCUGGAUUGCUAUGAUCCAACAUCAGAUAGCUGGAACAGUAUCACUACCGUGCCUUAUUCACUGAUUCCAACUGCAUUUGUUAGUACCUGGAAACAUCUUCCUGCCUAGAUGCCUCUGAUUGAAGUGUAUGGAUCUGAUCUGGGUGCCCUGGUCUUCUAGCCACACUGAAUGGACGACAGCAGGGCUGGAUUGUCAUUGUCUGGCCUGAAGCUCCUCUGCUGGGUGGGUGUGGUGUGGCUGCGGUCGGUCACGGCCACUCUCGAAAACAAACCAUCUAUCCACUGCUGAGAGGAGCCACAGAGAAGAGCUGAAAAAUCUCCAGAAGAGAGGCCACAAAGGCCUUCUCCCUACAUCACAACGCUAACUCAUGCCAUGCUUGUUCAUUGCCAAAUCAGAGGCACAAGGACACAAUACAGUCUUACGCCAAUACCUACUCUUUGGAAAAUCUUUUGCAAUCCAUCGAGGUCAAGAACAUUCCAGUGAACUAUGAUAAAUGACAACUAAAGCAUGACUUCGUGAAAAUAUCUUCUUCACUUUGAUUGGCAGUACAGCAUGUUCAUGUUAAGUCCAAAACGCCUUACGGACACUGCAUUUAAAACAAAACAUCUGAAAUAUCUAUAGAAAUGCAGAACAUCCCCAUGGGAAAGUUCAAGUUUACUCAAGCAGGAUGUAAAAUGUAAAAUGGUACUUCUGUGAAAUGGAUUUUAACCUGGAACUUGUAUAGAUUCUACAGCACAAUGUAUUAUCAAGGACUUCCUCUCGUUUUAAGAUUUCUUGAAGGUUGAAACAUUUGAUAAAUGCAUUUAAUUUAUGUGUUUGUGACUAAACAAAGCAGUAAUGGAAAAAUUGCACAUGAUGAGUACCUUAUGGAUGAUGAGGGUGUUGAUGUUGGUUACCAUUUUCCUUUGUAAUUGAAUGCUGGAUAAUCUUAAAAAGGAAUUUUCUGGGUUUAAUACAAGUUAAGCUCUGUCGACAGCCUUUGUGGCAUAAUGUUUUUGAAUUUCAACUAUUUCCUCUUUCUGUAAAAGAAAAUGCAAAACAAAUCUGGGUUCCAGUGAGGUAUUUACAAUGGGGCCAUUUUGUAAACACUAAAAUUCUCACUGCUUCUAUAGUACAGUCACAAGACGUAAAUAUGCAUGUUAACAUGAUUUUAGUGUAAAUAACUUCGUUUAAAUUUGCAAAGCCCUAAAAAAAAAAAAAACUAAAAUUUUAA